UGUGGCAACUCCAGCCUAGUGUCGGAGGUGGAGGAGUUGAGGAAACGAGUGCUCGAAAUGGAGGGGAAGGAUGAGGAGCUGAUCAAGAUGGAAGACAUGUGCAGGGACCUCAACAGAAAGCUGGAGAAGGAGUCAAGCCAGAGCUGUAGCUUAAAAGCAGAGGUGGACAAGCUGAAUCACAGAAUCAUGGAACUUGAAAAGCUAGAAGACGCCUUUGGGAAGAGUAAGCAGGAGUGCAAUUCGCUGAAAAGCAACCUAGAGAAAGAGCGGACCAUGACUAAACACAUGUCCAAUGAACUAGAUGUGCUGAGAGUCAGAAUCAAAGAGCUUGAAGCUACCGAGGUUCAUUUGGAGAAGACGGAGCUGGCACUGAAAGAGGAUCUGACAAAACUGAAAACACUGACUGUCAUGCUGGUGGAUGAGAGAA